CCUGUAGGCAGCAAGCUUGUAUAUCGCGCUACGUCGGUCAUGAUCAUUUCGCGGUUUUGACUUGAGCAAAUGUCUCUGCCAACUCUGACUAAUUUUAGUUGAGUCGGACUUUUGAUUUCAUUCACACGACGAUUACCUGUUCGCUUUGCCCAGAGUGUGUCCCGUAGUUGUCGCUAUUUUUGUGUAUUGACUAAUCAGUUACUACAGUUUCCGUAAUUAAUCACAAUAAUCUGUGUUCAUAGUGUAUACAAAGUAUUCAAGAUAAGUCGAAAGUUUUUUUUUGUUUUUGUAAAGAAUCAAAAUAUCCUGCCGCGAGUGAAAUCAGCUGAUGGAAUUAUAUGUAUGACCGAUUCUGUUAGUCCUUGUUCAACGGGUUCAGUGCGGUUUUUCCAUUCGAAAAUUGAAUAAAGUGCGCGCAUGCAGUAAAUGGAUUUGAACCAGCUUUUCUGAAAACUCAACAAAUCGAAAAUUUCAUGAUUGUAACUAAACGACUGAUAUUUGACCUGCUUCAUUCCUUCACGUGAUACCUUCACAACGCUUGUGCCUUUCAUAAAACAUGGCGACACUUUCGCUACGAAUCAGUCUCGAAGGUGGACGAGUUACAAAGACGAUACAAUUCGAUCCACAAACAUCGAUAUUUGAUGCAUGUCGAAUUAUUCGCGAUAAAUUCGCUGAAGCCGUACAAGGACAACCCCAAGAAUAUGGCCUCUUCCUAUCCGAUGAAGAGAACCGUCAAGGAGUUUGGCUUGAAGCCGGACGAAAUCUUGAAUAUUAUCUUCUUCGAAAUCAAGAUGUAGUUGAAUAUCGAAGAAAAAUUCGUACUUUACGUGUACGAAUGUUAGAUGGAGCGGUUAAAACGAUUUUAGUUGAUGACUCGCAACCUGUCUCACAACUGAUGGUGACCAUUUGUACGAAAAUUGGUAUUACAAAUUAUGAAGAAUAUGGUCUUGUGCGUGAAGAGCAAGAACAACAGAAUGAAAAUAUAUCUGACAAUAAAUUUGGAACGUUGACGUUGCGCAGGAAAAUCGCCGAGAGAGACCGUGAUCAUAAAAUGGAGAGCUUGAGAAAGAAAUUGAAGACGGACGAUGAAAUCAAUUGGGUCGACAUGGGAAAAACGCUACGUGAACAAGGAAUCGAUGAAUCCGAGACGGUUUUAUUGCGUCGUAAAUUUUUCUUCUCUGAUCAAAACAUUGAUUCACGUGAUCCAGUACAAUUGAAUUUGUUGUAUGUUCAGGCACGUGAUGCUAUUUUAGACGGAACACAUCCUGUGACACAGGAUAAAGCUUGUGAAUUUGCUGGUAUUCAAGUGCACAUUCAGUUCGGUCCACAUAAUGAACAGAAGCACAAACCUGGAUUUUUGGAUCUCAAAGAUUUCCUUCCACAAUCUUACGUCCGAGUAAAAGGCAUUGAAAAGAAAUUAUUUGCUGAACAUCGCCGCCAUUUCGAUCUAUCUGAAAUCGAUGCCAAGGUGCUAUAUACCAAAACGGCCCGUGAGCUUCCGACAUAUGGUGUAGCCUUCUUCUUGGUCAAGGAGAAAAUGUCUGGUAAAAACAAACUAGUCCCACGUUUAUUGGGAGUGUCGAAAGACUCUGUUCUUCGAUUGGACGAACGCACCAAGGAAAUCUUAAAAACGUGGCCCUUGACAACUGUGCGACGUUGGUGUGCAUCGCCGAACACAUUCACCUUAGAUUUCGGAGACUACGCCGACUCUUAUUAUUCGGUUCAGACAACUGAAGCUGAACAAAUUGUUCAGCUGAUUGCUGGUUAUGUUGAUAUUAUUCUCAAGAAGAAACAAGCUAAGGAUCAUUUUGGCAUCGAAGGAGACGAAGGCUCGACUAUGGUGGAAGAAAGUGUUGCACCUUCAAAGGCUACCUUCCUACAACACGAGACCAGCAAGAUUGGUAAGGUAACAACGGAGUCGCUGGCCCAACCUGGAAUAAUCCGACCUUAUGACGGCCAAAAAUCUUACACGCAAGGAGAAAUGCAGUCCGAACAAUAUGGUGCGGUGGUCGGGCAAGUGAAUGUUGCUCAUCAACCACCAACGACAAAAGAAAUACGAAUCAGUUCCGUUCAUCUUAGUGAACCACAACGUGCCUUACUUGGCUACAUUUCGGCCGGUCAAGAAGCAAUUUCUCGCGCUGAAGAAGAGCUAAGAACCAAGGCUACAAUUCCUGAUCUUGGCUCUGAUCCACACUCAAUUGAAUGGCGUGAAAACACAUUGGAUACAUCGAAACAAGCUGUUACUACCCAUGUGGCUACAAUGAGUGCUGCCACUGCUCAAAUCGUUACAGCAUCUCCCGAUGACACGGACACGGAUGCAAUUGGCUCUGCAGUGUCGCAAAUUGCACAAACAAUUCCAGAAGUUACUAAGGAAGUGCGACUUAUUGCCGCUCUCAUGGAAGAUGACAACAGCGGCGAUAAACUAUUAGAGGCAGCAAGGAAAUUGUGUAGUGCAUUCAGCGAUUUAUUGAGGGCAGCGGAGCCUGAGAGCAAAGAACCGCGCAGCAGUCUUAUCAAUGCUGCUAGCCGCGUGGGCGAGGCAAGCACACAAAUGCUUAGCACGAUUGGCGAGGAGACUGCAGAAAGUCGAGAAAUGCACGACAUGCUCUUGGCUCUUGCUAAAGCUGUUGCAAAUGCAACGGCUGCACUUGUCCUGCGAGCUAAAUCAAUUGCAGCAAGUUGUGAGGAUGAAGAGAAACGGAACAGAGUUAUCGAACAAGCAACUCAAUGUGCAUUGGCUACCAGUCAAUUAGUUGCCUGCGCUAAAGUUGUUGCUCCAACAAUUCAUAAUGCUGCCUGUCGUGAACAACUAGAAUCUGCUGCCCGAGAAGUAGCCAAAGCUGUAAACCAACUUGUUCAACUUUGCAACGAAGCGACAAACGAUCAGAAACUUAAGACUGAGCUGCUCGAUGCAGCUCGUGAUGUGAGCAUGACUUUACAAGAUUUGCUUGACAACAUCCGUCUUUCCACACGCGAACGUGCCACUCGCUCGGUCGAGGAAGUGAAUCCUGUUGAGAAUGUUAUUGUGGGAACAGACAUCCUCGUUUCCUCAUCAGACCCACAGGAAAUGGUCCGUCACGCCAAAGCCUUAGGACAAGCUACUGCCCUUUUGAUUCAAAGCAUUAAGGGUGAAGCAGAAUCACAACAAGAUUCCGAGAUUCAAAGACGCCUUUUGGCAGCAGCAAAGCAACUUGCAGAUGCCACAUCGAAAAUGGUGGAAGCAGCCAGAUUGUGUGCAGGCAGUCCUCACGAUUCUGGACACCAAGAUGCUCUCCGUCGUGCCGCUGAAGAACUUCGUGAAGUAACCACAACUGCUGCCAAUACGCCAGCAAUGAAGAGGAAAGUAAUCAAUAGGUUGGAAGCAUGCGCGAAACAUGCAGCCGCUGCUGCAACGCAAUGUAUCCAGGUUUCCCGAAAUGCCGCACAAUUCAGCGAAGAUCACCAUACUAAGGAAUCCUUACUGCAAGAUUGUCGUAAUACGGCUGACUCAAUCCCUCGAUUGAUCAACGGUGUAAAGAGCACUAUGAGCCAUCCAGACGAUGCUAAUGCACAACUAAAUCUCAUCGAAGCUGCCGAACAAUUUAUCGAACCUGCCAAUCAAGUAUCAGUUUCGGCUCGUGCCCUUCAACCAACUGUAAGAGACGGGCUAGCUUCGCAGCAACUGUCCCGAUGUGCUUUGAACUUGAGUCAGACUGUUCAAGAACUCAGCACAGCAGCUCAUCGUGCUCGAGAAGCCUGUGGAGGACAGGAACUAGAGUCCGCUCUAGAUGCUGUUAAGAAUCUUCGAACAGUCCUAGACGACACCAGAACCGCAGCAAAUAAGGGAACUUUGCGUCCACUUCCUGGCGAAACUGUAGAAAAUACCGCACAACAAUUAAGUAAAUCAGCGAAAAAUGUUGGUAUCGCAAUCUCACAGUUAGUAUCAGCUGUGUUGCAAGGACAACGUCUCUACGCCGGUGUUGCUGGACGAGAUACUGCCUUGGCUUUAGGAGAUUUCACGAAGAGUGUACAUGGCGUUGCUGCGACAACUAAUAACGGCACAGUCAUCGACUCAGCAGACAAUGCUGUUAUCAAUUCGGUUCGGUUGAUUGAAGAAGCCCAAAGAAUGCUUCAAAACGUAGGCAAUGAAGGAGCGCUAACAACUGCAGCCAGAGACGUCAAUCAAUCCUUAGCGGAAACUGUAGACUGUAUACCAGGCCAACGAGAAGUCGAUAGUGUUCUGCGAAAUGUAAGUGAGCUAAGUGAAGUGCUCACGAUGGGAGAAUAUCCACCAUCAAAUAGAAACUACAAGGAUCUGCAAACAGAUUUGAAACAGGCUGCAGAUUCCCUAAAUGAAGCAAGUGGCCAAGUUGCGCAGUCAUACGCAAGUCCUGCAAAUCUUGCAAGCUCUAGCCAGAACUUUGGUCAUUCGUACAAAGAUCUACUUUCGGUCGCAAUGGAGAUGGCUGGUCAAACAAAAGAUGAAGCCGCUCGUGCCCAGAUGGUUGAUAGCCUAAGGAAUGUUUCAACACAGUCAUGUUCUCUACUCUCAACCGCUAAAUCAAUUGCUGCCGAUCCUGGUCAGCAUAAUUCGAAGAAUCUGUUGAAUCAGGCAGCUCGCCAAGUUACGGAAAGCAUAAACAAACUUGUCGACUGUUAUGUGUCAGCAACACCUGGCCAGAAGGAAUGCGAUAAUGCCAUCCGUACUAUCGAGAAUCUUCGUAUGCUCUUAGAACAUCCUCAAGAGCCAAUCAACGAAUUAGGCUACUAUGAUUGUGUUGAAUAUGCAACCGAAAAGUCUAGGAGCUUAGGCUAUGCCAUCUCUGAAAUGAUUCAGAACGCUAAACAAUCACAACACAUGGAAUUUGGACAUUCUGUUAACAAUGUCGCAGACUCUAUCCAUGGCUUGAUUGAAUCGUCCGCACAGGCAGCUUAUCUGAUUGGUGUUUCUCAUCCGAGCAGUAUUUCUGGCCGGCCAGGAAUCAUCGAUCAAGCCCAAUUGACACGAGCAUAUCAAGGAAUUCGACAGCAUUGUGAUAUUGUUAGCAGUCCGAACUCUAGCAAGCAGCAGAAGAUCUCGGCACUUACCAUUGUGGCCAAGCACACUUCAUAUUUGUGUACAAUUUGCCGCCAAGCUAGUAUGACCACCAACAAUCCUGUGGCGAAGAACGAAUUCAUUUUGGGAGCUAAGCAUGUAGCGAACGCCACGUCGAAUUUGGUUCAAGAGGUCAAAGCUUUGGGAGAUGAUUCAUCAGCGCCUUCCAGGUCGCAUUAUGUGGAACCUUUACUGGAAGCAGUUCGAGCGGUCCGUCAAUAUGCAUCAAGUCCUGAAUUCAUUUCAGUCCCUGCUAGAAUUUCACCAGAAGGACGUAAGGCUCAAGAACCGAUACUGAAUGCAGGCCGUGGAGUUCUUGAUGGAGUAAUUGAAAUGGUGAAAGCAGCUAAGGCCUUAGCUGUUUCUCCAGACAAUCCACCAGUUUGGCAACAGUUGGCUAUGCAUAGCAAACCUGUCUCUGAAAGUGUUAAGAAAUUGGUGGAUAGUAUUCGCGAAAAAGCUCCAGGUCAACAACAAUGCGACCAAGUUUUGGAUACAUUGGCAACUUGCAUAAGGGAAUUGGAUAGUACUGCAUUGGCUAUCAAUGCCCAAGGCUUAGCACAACGAAAGGAUAACAACUUGCAAGGAUUCACUGUCCAAACGCUCAAUGCCGCAGCUGAGUUGGGUGACAAGCUUGAACCGAUCCGAGUGGCUGCCAAGCAUAAUGCAGAACAGCUUGGUCAUGCAGUAGGUGAAAUAUCUCGCUAUGUAGUUCCUAUGACCAAUGGAGCUAUUGGUGCUUGCUCCCAUAUCAUUCAUUCGAACCAACAAAUGGCCCUUGUUGAUCAGGUGAAGUCAGUUGCUGAGAGCGCAACGCAAUUGGUUCAGGCCGCAAAGGAGUCCGGUGGCAAUCCCCGGGCAACUCACGCUCAUCCCAGAUUGGAUGAAUCUAUUGAAAACACUAAAGUUGCAAUCAAGGACUUGAAUAGCACCGCUGAAAAGCUAUCAGCGGAAACUGGAGCUGUGACUGGUCUCAUGGAACAAGUUGCUCGUGCCAUUUCCCGUCUCACCGACAAACGACAAUCUCUCCUGAAUGCUUCGAUCUCGGAUAGUUUCGUUGACUAUCAAACACGCAUGGUGCGAAGUGCAAAGGAAAUUGCUCAUUUAGCCAAUGAGAUUAAUGCAAAGGCUCCAUACGACACAACGAAACUUCCAUCGCUCGCCGCCGAUAUGACCCACCACUACACACAACUCACUCAAGAUUCUGUAGGCGCAUCAACCACGACAACUUCACCGGAAGUUGGAAUGCGUAUUCGACAAAGUGUAAUUGAUUUGGGACGCUCUGUCACAUCCCUGAUUCAAUCGACAGCUGGACUUCGGGCAAACGACCUAUCAGGUCAAACUGAAAUUUCACGCAAUGCACGCGAUGUCUCUGAGAAGGUGUCUCAAGUGUUGGCAUCGUUACAAGCUGGCUCACGCGGAACACAAGCGUGCAUUAAUGCUGCCAGUACCGUAUCUGGAAUUAUUGGUGAUUUGGAUACGACAAUUAUGUUUGCCACAGCUGGAACUUUACAUUCUGAUGGUGAAGGCUCGUUCGCUGAUCAUCGCGAACAUAUUUUGAAAACGGCUAAGGCUCUUGUGGAGGAUACUAAAGUACUUGUUGCUGGCGCUGCUGGCACACAAGAUCAAUUGGCUUCAGCUGCACAGAAUGCAGUUACAACUAUACUUCAACUUGCGGAUGCCGUGAAACUUGGAGCUUGCAGUUUAGGAUCGAAUCAACCAGAUUCCCAGGUGAUGGUUAUAAACGCCGUAAAAGAUGUCGCCGCUGCACUCGGAGAAUUAAUCAAUGCAACGAAAUUGGCUUCAGGCAAGCCAAUCCUCGAUCCGGCUAUGCAGGACUUGAAAGAAAGCGCAAGGGUUAUGGUGUUGAAUGUGUCAUCAUUGCUUAAGACCGUUAAAGCUGUAGAGGAUGAACAUACACGUGGCACACGAGCAAUGGAAGCCACUGUUGCAGCUAUUUCGCAGGAGAUUAGGGCUAUGCAUUCUCCACUGGCACCUGGAAUGACCCCGGCUACACCCGAAGAUCUUAUACGAGUCACAAAGAACGUCACCGUGGCUACGGCUAAAGCUGUUGCUGCUGGAGCAUCAAAUCUUCAAGCUGAUAUUGUUGCUGCAGCUAAUAUGGGACGGCGUGCGAUUUCCGAAAUGCUCGUUGUGUGCCGAACUGUUGCAUGGAGCUGUGCAGAAACUGAAGAGCUACGCAAUCGUACUCUAGAAGCGGGUGCAGGAGUUGGUGAAGCUUAUGGUGACCUUCUUCAAGGCAUUCUCCGUAACUGUUCGGCGGAUGAAAGAAUGCAUUUGUCACGUCGUGUCGCCAAAUGUGUUACAGAUUUAGUUGCUAUGGCUCGUUUAUUGAAGGGAUCCGAAUGGAUUGAUCCUGAAGAUCCUACUGUCAUUGCUGAAAAUGAACUUUUGGGAGCAGCUGCCUCGAUUGACGCCGCGGCCAAGAAAUUAGCUAAUCUAAGACCACGUCGCCAACCAGAUGUUAAGGAAGCCGAUGAGAACAUGAAAUUCGAUGAGAUGAUUUUAGAAGCAGCUAAAGGAAUAAUGGCGGCAUCAUCUGCUCUCGUUCGAGCUGCCAAUGCUGCACAACGUGAACUGAUCGAUCAAGGAAAAGUAUCGAGACGUCCACUUACAUCAUCCGAUGACGGACAAUGGUCUGAAGGUUUGAUCUCAGCUGCUCGCCAUGUUGCGGCUGCAACUCAUAGUCUUGUCGAAGCCGCUCAGAAUUUAGUCCGCGGUAAUGGAACUGAAGAGAUGCUGAUUUCGUCAGCAAAGCAAGUGGCUGCAUCAACUGCGCAACUAUUGAUUGCUUGUAAAGUUAAAUCAGAUCCAAAUUCAGAAACCGGCCGUCGUUUACAAUCGGCUGGCAAUGCAGUUAUUAAGUCAACUGACAAUCUGGUACGAGCUGCACAGCAAGCAAUUGAUAUGGAGGAAGAGCAUAUCUUGAAAAUAAACACAAGCAUGGUUGACGGAAUGGCGCAGGAAAUCAAUGCUCGGUCUGAUGUGCUCAGAAUGGAGAAACAACUAGAAGAAGCUCGUCAUAAACUUAUAAAGAUUCGUCAAGCGCGAUCAAAGAAAAAUGCUGGUGGUUUCACAACCGAUGAAAGCGACUCUGAAUAUCAUCAGCAGGGUUAUACGUCACCGGUUCUUACUAACAAUUCAUAUAACCGCAAUGUGCAAAAUGCAUCUCCUGGGUAUCAACAGCAACAGGACCAGCAGCAGCAAUCACAAAGAAACCAAUAUUACUACCAACAUACAGCCACAUCGCCCCAACAUUUUCACCAUCCACAAGCCAAUAACGCCAACUACAAUCAAAAUGUUAAUCAAAAUCAAAACGUAACAAUCACGUCGGCGACCUAUCGUUCUAAUCCAACACUAACUGCUAAUGCUGUUCCACGACCAUAUCAGGGUGUUGGGCACAUUGGUGAAGUCUCGCCUAUUAGUCCAUUAGCAAACCGAUCAUUCGGUACAACUACGUCAACUUUCACCACCACAUCGACAACGAAUCAACAACAGAAUGAACAGCAAGAUAAGUCUCAGAGGAAUAACAAUUUAGAAGCGUGUAUAAGAGAUUUACACGAGAAGACUUUCGGUCAAGAUGGAGUUAUGGCUGUGAGUGGAGCUUACAAAACACCCGGGAAGAAUUAUGAAGGAUUCACUUCGAGUCCUUCUUACAGAUAUGAGACAAGAAGUUAUGAUACUAGCUCCGCCGACCAGCAGCAGCCAACCACAACAGUUGACAGUCAAUUUUCCCAAAUGUCACUAUCGGAAGAUGGUAAAUUAAAUUUAACGGAAGGAAGUUCGACACGCUUGGCAUCAAUGACACAACGAGUGGUGGAACGCAAAACAAUGACGACAACGACUGAAUCACGAGUGGAAAAGAAAAGUCAGCAACAUAGCUUCCGAUUAGAAUAGACAAACAAGCAUAACAAAAUUUAGCUAAACCGGUUUGAAAUAUUUUCGUCCGAAAAAAAAAUUUCAAGAUAGAUAAAAUAUCUUCCAUAUGAAUGUGCAAUUUGUGUCAAAGAGCAUUGAAAGCUAAUCUGUUUGCCAAGUUUUUACACUUUUAUUGAAUCUAAUAGCCGUUUCACGUGAAACAAACUACACACAUUUAUAUACAUAACACAUUUUAGCACAUUUUUGAUGUUAUAACAAUUUUACAUCUAUAAAAACUUGAAAAAAAACUACAACAUUCUAUAUUUGAAGUAUAUAAUUUUUUUUAAUAACAAACAAUCACAAAGUGCCACAAACUUUUAUUUUUCUUAACAUUAAAAAGUGAUUUUAUGAUUAUUAUUGAUACUGUUACUAGUUUUAACAAGUUAGCUGAGACUUUAACUUCUUUUUGAUGCCUGAAAGCAUGCAUUAAUCUGAUAGUGUUGGCUGAUUAAUUUGUUUCAGAAAAUCUUUGACUUUAACACCUCAAGUGCUUUUGUCUUGUAAAUAAUUUUAUUGGAAAUUUGAACUUCUAAAUAAUCUAAAGAAAAUCAAAACCAUAAAGUUGAAAUUUUUAUUGAAAUUUGGGAUUUGUUGUGCUUCAAACUGGAAACACAAAAUUAAAAAUUCUUUCGGUGCCUAAUAGUUAUUAAAGAAAUUUUUGAAUAAAAUAUGUUAAGUUGGACAGGACAUUUGUAUAGUGCAUGUACCGCCCAUAAAAUUUAGAAGAAAUCAAACAUCUGCUAUUCAGAAAACUAGCAGACAUUGGAAUCUACAGUCUUGGAAAAAUUGUUUAUAUGACUGUAUCAAACGGAUAGGAAGCUUUGUUGACGAUUUUAUCUGUGAAACUGUCUAGAAUGCGUGUCUUUUGCCAUUAUUUUGCCAAUUUGUUAUUAUGAUUUGAUUUCCUUCAAAGAUCUAAACAAUACUUACAGUAACGAUGACGAGAAGAUGAGCUUAUUGUUGAUACUAAUGAAAUAUCUUUUCCAUUAUCAUAUUCUUCGUGUUAGUCUUUAGAUUUUGCUUUUCAAUUAUCAUUUUUUUUAUUCUGUAUAAUUUUUACACGACUGUUAUUUUUUUAAUUAAAAUACCAAAAAUUUUUAUAUGUUGGUUUUUUAUUAAAUUUUAGAUAAAAGAUAAAGAAAUUGUGUAGUAGGGAAUAAUAAAGAGUAACGUUUUGUUUCAGAGAGGAAACAGCGUAGAGAUUUUCAAGAAUAAUAUAUAGAUAGAUCGCAUUAUAAUGCUUGUCAGUAUAACUUUUAUUUUGAUCGCCUUACAAGUUUUAAUAAAAAAUAAAUUUUAAUUUUAACUAAA